AUGUACAUCGACGUGCACGACCUCAACGUCGAUCUGCACGAUGUACACGAGGAUCGCAACACUUUCCAUCGCUUCGACAAGUUCAACGCGAAAUACAAUCCGGUGGGCGCGAGCCAGUUGCGCGAAGUGUUUCUCAAGACUGAUAACUAUAUGGACGGCGAGUAUUUCGCUACAAUAAUCAAGGAGGUGAUAGCGGAGCUGGCGGAGAGCAAGUACACGUACGUGGAGCCGCGCCUGUCGAUCUACUGCAAGCGUGCGGAGGAGUGGAGCCGGCUGGCGAGCUGGGCCAUACGCCACGAGGUGCACUCGCCGCACGUGCGGUGGCUAGUGCAAGUGCCCAGGCUCUACGAUAUAUACCGCAACAAGAGGCUGCUGAAGAAUUUCCAGGAGUUCCUCAACAAUCUGUUCGAUCCACUGUUCCAGGUGUCCAUAAACCCCAGUACAAACAUAGAGCUACACAAGUUUCUCACGCACGUGAUUGGCUUCGACAGCGUGGAUGACGAGUCCAAGCCGGAGAACCCGUACCCAAACGAGAUUAUGAAGCGGCCGGAUGAGUGGCGAGACGAGAAGAACCCGCCCUAUGCGUACUACCUGUACUACAUGUACGCCAACAUGACCGUGCUCAAUCAGAUACGCAAGGAGCAGGGCCUCAACACGUUCGUGCUGCGGCCGCACUGCGGCGAGGCGGGGCCCAGCGCGCACCUCAGCGCCGGCUUCCUACUGGCACAGAACGUAUCGCACGGACUCAUGCUGAGAAAGUUCCCGGUGCUGCAGUACCUGUACUACCUGGCACAGAUCUACAUCGCCAUGUCGCCGCUGAGCAACAACUCGCUGUUCUUGCGUUACCAUCGCAACCCUCUGCCAGAUUUCUUUGCGCGGGGACUUUGCGUCGCGCUCAGUACUGACGAUCCGUUACAAUUUCAUUAUACAAGGGAACCAUUGAUGGAAGAGUACAGCAUAGCAGCACAAGCGUGGAAGUUGAGCUCUUGCGACAUGUGCGAGCUGGCGCGUAAUUCCGUGCUCAUGUCUGGGUUCCCGCACGAGAUGAAGCAGCGGUGGCUGGGUGCACAGUACGUGGUUGCGGGCCCGGCGGGCAACGACAUCGCGCGCACCAACGUGCCCGACGUGCGCGUCGCGUACCGCCACGAGACCCUGCUGCACGAGAUGCGCAACCUCUUCGGAGUUAGUGCACACCUUCAUUUAAUUUUACAUUGA